AAAUAAUUGUUUUUAAAUUAUUUGCAUUAAAAUGCAAGCGUUUAAUUAAUUAAAAAGUGAGUUUUGUGAAUUGAACACACCAAGAGGAAAAAAUGCACAAAAUACAGAGAAACACACAUUUAUUUUGGGCCUGUGAAUAAGCCAGGGAACAGGUUUAGGCCAGAAAAACUUGGCUGGCUUACCAUUUACGCCACAGCGUUAAUGGCAAUACAACAGCGAGCGGAGGUCGAUUGUUUUGCGUAUAUGUGCUUGUGUUUAUGUCAGCUACGCGUGAGAUGUCGCAUGUUAUUUGUGUUGCGGCUGUAACGGAUUUUUUCAGUUUGGCAAUUCUUAUUGGCAAAGCAACAACUGCUGCAAUAAUGUAAGAAACGACGGGCUAACAAAGGUCAAUCGAAGCCAGCAAACGCAGCCUAGAACUAGUUAGGUUUCCACACACACACAUACACACACGAACAUAGAUUUUAACACACACAUACACACAGUUAGAGCAAGCAUGGGCUGGCUGCUGGCGCUCCUGGCGUUGCUGUUGGCCAUCAGCGAGCUGCUAGCAAUCCCAACGCCACUCAAGCUACCAGGCUACACACAUAAACUGACGCCAUAUAUCAAACACUGGGAGGCGGCGAACUUUGAUCGCGCCGUGCUGCAGGCAGCGCAGCUGCGCCAUUUGGAACAAGCACGCGCGCGCCGAAAACGGCAAGUUGAGCCCUCAAGUGGUUCACCUGUGGGACUGGCGCACACAAUUCGCCUGAAUUUCUCUGCACAUGACAGAGACUUCCUGCUGGUGCUGCGUCAGCAACCAAAUUCGGUGUUUGCGCAUGACGUGGAAAUCGAGAAUACACUGGGACCCAUCGAUUACGAUGUCUCACGCAUUUACACGGGCAGCCUGGAGGAUGAUGAGCAAGCCCAUGUACAGGCGAUACUCACAAGUGAUAAUCUACUAGAUGGUACCAUAGAAACGCAAGCUGAGCACUAUUAUAUAGAGCCAGCGCAGCGAUAUUCACAGCAGCUGGCGGAAAGUGGUGUACACAGCAUAGUUUAUAAGCUGAGUGAUGUAAAUAUGCAGCAACAGAAUUCAUUUGCCAGUGGUGUAUCCUCACAGGCCCCAGUCAAAACGCACUGCGCUAGCGAGCGAUUGAGACGCAAGCGCUGGCUGCCUGAAGAGGAGCACGUCACAGUUCCAAAUUAUAAUCGCAAUCCACCGCUGCCGUUGGAUCUAGAAGUGCCCUACAAUGAUGACUUUCGUGUGCUGGCCUCUGAGGAGGAUCGCAGCGAGGAGGAAUCUAAAAAGUCCACAACAACAACAACGAUGCGGAGUACAGAAAGCUUUCUAGCCACGCUGACGAAGCCUACGCCCAAUCGCAACAUACUUGUAAAUAACUAUAAUCCCUCCAAUGUUGGCGACACCAGUCGCAGCUACAACAGCAAUACCAAUACCAACAGCAACAACAAUAACAAUGUACGAAAGUUGUACACGAAACACAAAAACAUCAUCGUUAGCACCUACAAUCGACCUAUAGAGCCGGAAUUCGGUACACCCUAUGAGGAGCCCAAUGCCAAUAAUAGCAACAGCCUGCCAAAUAACUUUUUCAAUGCAAAUUGGACAACACUUUCAAUGGGUAACAACGACCGACCCAGCCACAAGACACACGUGGAGAUUAUUACCAAGAACGGUGCCACUAAGAAACCGAACAUCAUUGUUAACAACUACAAUCCAGAGAUUAUAUUUGCACCCAAUCCACACAAUCCCAGUUUCAAUAGCAUGCUGAUGACGAAUCUCUUGAGUGGCCGAGGCGAUGACAUACACAACUCUCCGCGUCUGCUCUAUGAUCGCAAGACAACUUGCAUGCUAUAUUUGCAGGCGGAUCACACGUUCUUCCAGAAAAUGGGCAGCGAUGAGGCCUCCAUCGAAGCCAUCACACGUCACGUGCAGCGUGCCAAUUCCAUCUAUCGUAAUACGGACUUCAACAACGAUGGCAAGCCCGAUAACAUUACGUUUAUGAUCAAGCGUAUUAAGGUGCACAACAUGAACGCCAUGAAGGACCCUAGUUAUAGGUUUCCUGGCAACUAUGGUGUGGAAAAAUUCUUGGAAUUGUUUUCAGAGGAGGACUAUGAUGCCUUCUGUCUGGCCUACAUGUUCACUUAUCGAGACUUUGAAAUGGGCACCCUAGGUCUGGCUUGGACGGGUGAUCUGAAGAAUGCUGGUGGCGUUUGCGAAAAGAAUGGGCAUUAUCGCGGUUCCCUUAAAUCCCUAAACACAGGCAUUGUUACGCUUCUCAAUUAUGGAAAACAUGUGCCUCCCGCCGUUUCGCAUGUUACGCUAGCUCACGAGAUUGGUCAUAAUUUUGGUUCACCGCACGAUCCUGAGCAGUGCACGCCAGGCGGUGAGGAUGGCAACUUUAUAAUGUUCGCACGCGCCACUUCGGGGGAUAAGAAGAACAAUAAUAAAUUCAGUGCCUGCUCCUUAAAAUCCAUUGAGCCAGUGCUGAACGCAAAAGCACGUUCGAUGAAGGGCUGCUUCACGGAGCCACAGUCAUCCAUAUGCGGCAAUGGCGUCGUCGAACCGGGUGAGCAGUGCGACUGCGGAUGGGAAGAGGACUGCAAGGAUUCUUGCUGUUUUCCCAUGUCCCGGCAGCCGCAUCUGGAUGAAACGCCCUGCACACUGACGCCACACGCGCGUUGCAGUCCUUCGCAGGGACCAUGCUGCACCACCGAUUGCAAGGUGAAAUUUGGUGACAAGUGUCGCGAUGACAACGGCUGCCGCGAUCCCUCGUUCUGCGACGGUCGCGUACCCCAGUGCCCGCCAUCGGUGAACAAGCCUAACAAAACGAUUUGCAACAAGGAAUUUGUAUGCUAUAUGGGCGACUGUACGGGUAGCAUUUGCUUGGCUUACGGACUAGAGUCCUGCCAGUGCAUACCAGGCCCACAGGAUGAUCGCAUCAAGUCCUGCGAACUCUGCUGCAAGCUGCCUGGCGAAGAUAAUCCCUGCCGUAGCUCCUUUGAGUGGAACGAGGUGCCUUUCGAUGUGCCCGAUAUGUACUCGAAACCGGGCACGCCGUGCAAUGAUUACAAUGGCUACUGCGAUGUCUUCCAAAAAUGUCGUGAGGUGGAUCCCUCUGGUCCAUUGGCCACACUGCGCAAGCUGCUGCUCUCCGAGGAGAGUAUUGCUACCUUCAAGAAGUGGGUGCAGCAUCAUUGGUACACUGUAGCCCUGGCUGCUAUUGGCGUCUUUUUGUUACUGAUCAUGAGCACAAAGCUGCUGGCGAAACGCUCGAAUCUGAAGCUUAAAUCAGUGACCAUUAUACACAGUGCCACCACGGAAACGGUGCGUCUGCCGGAAAAUAACAACGGCGUAAUUGUACACACGGCCGUGCGCACCAAGGUGCCAUUCAAGAAAAAGGUUCGUGGUGAGCGCAGCAAGAAGUCAGGAACCGGCUUAGCAACAGGAGCAACAACAGCGGCGGGAGUACGUAGUAGUGCGGUAACCAAGGGCAGCGGGAAUGCAGAGCCAAAGAAAUCGAACCGAGCGCAGGCGCUGACCAAAAAGAAGCUGAAAACAAAUGCUGCUGAAGAGGAGCCAACCAAAAAGUCCAAAAAGCUGGGCAAGCAUAUGAAGGAAAUCAUCGACUAUUCGCAUCGCAACAACAAUGCUACCGGCGGUGAUGAUGCCUCAAAUCUAUCAACCACCAACAAUCACAGCAACACCUUCGGCAAGGUGCAAAGGUGGCUGUUGGAAUCACCGAUUGUGGCACAGCCACUAUCGCACAUGGAUCAUAGUUCGCGUGUGCGCAAGGUAAUGAGCAAAUCACAGUCAACGCCCGAACGGCUGGUGCAGAAAACACCGCAAAAGACCAAGUCCAUGGGUAAUCUCUCAAACGAGAAGGUCAAGCUGCAGGUCGUCUACAAGCCGCCUUUCAAGUUUUCGCUGCGUCUGUCUAAGAAGCCCAAGGUAAAGACGCACGUGGUGGGCGUAAGCGCUGGCGCGCGUCCAAAGCGUACGCAGAAGGCGGCAAACACACGCUCCAGCGGCCAGGCGGCAACAACAUCCAAGGGCCCAUACACAGAGCGCACCAAGCGCACUGCUUUGCUGCUGUGCAACGAAGCGGAGGACGAUAAUCAAAUACUGACGGUCAACGAGCCAAACUAUGAGACACUUAAGCCGCCCACGCGCAGCACAGAGCACUGCUAUGAGAAUGUUGAGCUGCCUGGUGCCAGUGCAGGCACUGAACCUGCCGGUGCAAGCAAACCGGGUAGCUGCAGUAGUGGUGCUGGCAAAAUUGCGCCCAGCUCUUCAAAUCGUGCUAGCUUAGAUUCCGCAGCUGUACCUGCAUCGCAGCGCAACUCCUAUCGGCGCUCCAAUUCGCUGUCUACACAUAAUCCAUUUGCGGUGGCGCCGCGACGUAACAGCAGCAAAACAGCCAAGCAUGAGUCGCAGCCCGCCGGCGGAUCCAUUAAUCUGACGCGUAACUUUGGUAGCACGCAAAAUUUGAUAAAUCUUAGCCAGAACAUGGCUAAAUCCAAGAAGCGCAGCAGUCUCAAUCUGAAAGCGAGUGCAGCCAAAAAUGGCAAAGAUCCACCCACAGCGAUAGCAGCAGCUUCAGCAGGGCCGCAACGUCGCUCCUCUUCCAACGCAAACCUGCGCAGAAACAGCAGCACCUCCAAUGCAACGCCCCAGGCAGCUCCAGUGCCGCCCACGCGCAACUCACGCAACAGCUUCAGCAACAUUCCACGCGCCAGCCUCAAUGGCCAGAGCGGAGUCUCCGCAACGACCGCGGCACCGAGCUUUUCACGUCAAUCCUCGAGUAGUACAGCGACAACAAUAUCUAGCGGGAUGGCGCCGGCGCUCCCACUGCCUCUUCCUCUGCAGCAAUCCGCCUCCGCAAGCGCCAUGCCCAGUCAACGACAAACGACGCAGCCGAUGCGUCGCAGUCUAAACAAUUUCCGAGCGCGUUCGAAUGCGACAGCAGCGGCUGCUGCGCCACCACCAACAACAGCAACAACAACGCUGGACAACGAGUUGCCAUCGGAUCUGGAGGUGGUUGUCUCUGACAUUGAAAACCUGGUUAGCUAAGAGCAGCGCAGUUGCUCGUAUACAUUUCAAAGCAACCAAGUGAAAGUGAUAAGUCCUAAAGUUAGUUAUACAAAUUGUCGCAUAGGUUUACAUGCAUAUAUAUAUAAAUUUAGAUUUGUAUAUAUAUACAUAAAUAUAUAUAUAUGUACUUUACACUGCCUUAAACUUGCCGUUUCUGCUGAAUAUGUGAAUGCCACGCCCCUCCAUACUUACCAAAACGACCACGAACCCCGCAUUAACCAAGAUAGAAUAGUAACAUAUAUUCGGAUUGCCGAAUUUCAAAUAUCCUUGCAAAUAAAUGGAUCUAAUAUUUAGCGUGAAUGGGAGAUGCAUGGUAAUUCGGAUAAACCAGAAUGUUAUUAAGAUAAACAACAAUUUCUAAUCAAUUUUAUAUAUGGAAAUAUAAUGCAAAAUACUCCGAUAUUCAUAAAGUAGAAAUUAUAUGAUAAUAGAUUUCGUUUCAAACAAUUUAUCAUUUAAUCUUCAUCUUUGCGUUAUGUAUAUAUAUCUUCACAAAAAACUAUGAUCCAUUCUGCAAGGGUAUACAAAGUCUAACAACGCUCGUGCUUAUGGCUCCACUCCCACACACGCAUAAAACACAAAUCGAUACCAUUGAAUGCUCACCCGACUCACCCAAAACUAACACCAACACCGACACCAACGCCAAUGCCACCGCCGAAGCCAGAUGCACUCACCGCACAUUGUACCUUUUACUACAUACUAUUUAACUGUAUUUACUGUUGUAUUGUAUUCGUGAUCUAUGUAACUGUAACUUGUAACUCUGUACUUUUGUCUAUACCUAUGUGAAUUGUGUUAAGUUGUCGUAAUACGAUCGUGUUAUAUGUAUGAACCAACAAUAUCCUAACUGAUCUGAAAUUUGUACUAACGUAUUCCACUAUUAGAAUUGUAUUAGCUUUGAGAACAAAAACAAAAUGAAAUCGGCUUAGGCUAAACUAUUUUUGUAAUGCGAAAAAUAAUAAUAACAAUAGA